AUGUCCAAAGAAGCGGCCAUGUUCCAGGCUGGAGACCUGGUAGCAUACAGUCAGUCAACCGGCCAUGAUCUCCCACUUGAGGAUCUCCGACUUCCGUCAGAUUUUGUCUGGGGCACCGCCACUGCCGCCGUCCAGAUUGAGGGUGGCAUUUCCCAAGAUGGAAAAGGGAAGUCGAUUUGGGAUGUGUACACCCAUCUCGAGCCGUCAAGAACAAAUGGCGAGAAUGCCGAUGUAGCAUGCGACCACUACAACAGGGUAGCCGAAGAUGUAGGACUCAUGUCCUCCCUCGGCGUUGACGUCUACCGAUUUUCUCUGGCCUGGACACGCAUAAUUCCUCUCGGGGGACGCAAUGACCCUAUCAACGAAAAAGGUGUCGCUUUCUAUGACGAUCUCAUCAACCGACUCUUGGCAAACAACAUCGAGCCUGUGGUGACUCUUUACCAUUGGGAUCUCCCACAAGAGCUCUACGAAAGGUACAAAGGAUUACUCGACACAGCUGAGUAUAGAGCUGAUUUCCAGAACUACGCCCGGAUCUGCUUCUCUCGGUUUGGCGAUCGAGUCAAGAAAUGGGUGACCUUCAAUGAGCCCUAUAUCAUCUCGAUCUUCGCGCAUCACAGUGGCGUACUGGCGCCAGGCCGCUGUGCUGCCAGUGGUGCCAACACCAAGACAGAACCUUGGCGCGUCGGUCAUACAAUCAUUUUGUCUCAUGCCUCCGUGGUACAAGUUUAUGCGGAAGAGUUUCAACCAUCUCAGAAAGGAGAAAUAUCGAUUGUUCUCAACGGACAUUUUUACGAACCUUUUGAGGAAGGCAAUCAGACCGACGUAGAAGCCGCUCAACGCAGAAUGGAGUUUUACAUUGGCUGGUUCGGAGACCCAGUGUUUCUGGGAACAGACUACCCAUCCUCAAUGAGAGCAUACCUCGGCUCGCGCCUCCCUGAGUUUACGGCGGAAGAACGUGCUCUUCUUCGGAAGACUGCCCCAAUCAACGCAUUUUAUGGUAUGAACCAUUACUCUACCAAGUACGCGCGUGCUCUGCCAGACCCCCCAGCAGAUGAUGACUGGACCGGCAAUAUCGAAGAGACGUCAGUUAAUAAGCAAGGAGUGGAGAUUGGACCCAUGUCGGGCGUCCAGUGGCUACGACUUGCGCCAGAAGGAUUCCGGAAGUUAUUGAACUGGGUGUGGAAUCGGUAUCAGCUUCCCAUCAUAGUCACGGAAAAUGGGUGUCCCUGUCCCGGUGAAAUCGAUGUUGAUGUUGCGCGAAAGGAUAACUUCCGUCAGAGAUACUUUGGCCUCUACCUUGACGCUAUAUCUCGCUCCAUUUAUGAAGACGGGGUCAGAGUAGAGGGUUAUUAUGCUUGGAGCCUUAUGGAUAAUUUUGCUCCAUCUUCCGAUGAAGGUUCUUGUACAACUUUGAUCAACCCUCGUGGGACAGGAUGCAUCGCCAAAGCCGUCGGCGACUUUCAGGCGGGAGACUUCACACCGGAUGGCAAAAAUGUUAUCGUCAACGUGGUCUUCACCGGCGCCCCUACAGCUCCCAACCCUGCAAGCAUCUACGAUGGGGAGCAUGUUCUUCUCAUCAAGGCAGAUGGCACCAACUUCACCAACGGCGAUCCAUGGAAGUGUCUGAGCUGCGGUGUUCCCGCCGUCAACGCCAUCUCCCUUGACCCCCAGAAGGACUAUCCCCACGUCUUCCGCAGCGGCGACAAGGCGCUUUGGGGUCACAACAUUCUGGACUGCGGCGGGGCGCCUCUGGAAAGCGAUGCAUGCACCCCGAACAAGACAUACAUCUACCCGAUCCACUGGAACACUGCAGCCGAUGGCUCGGGGAAGGGCGGCAGUCCUCGCGAAAUGCGCCUGCACCCAGACGACGUUCAUAUGGGAUGGAGCUCUUUCACCAGUACAGGCGGUCAAUUCGCUUACACUGGCCGCCUCAAUUUCAACGCUGAGCCAACUGUGGGCGAACCACUCGCCUCUCGCUAUGAUCUCGUCGACGUGAAUUUGCUCUUCGACCCUACGCGCGCGAACCCCAUCACAACCAAUGGCUCCGAACUCAUCAUCCACAACAAUGCUAUCACCGUUGGCGAGCUGCGCGGUUUCAGCGGGAACGGCGAAGAGAUCACCUAUAUCGGCAACCCCGUUGAGUCAACCAACAUCGACGUCUUCGCCGUACAUGUACAGACGGGCGCCGUCCGCCGCCUCACUAGCCACCCAGAAUACGUGGAUCCCAUGGCCUUCUCCGCCGAUAACGACUGGUUCGUUGCCAUGGACACGCGAGGUACGAACCGCCAGAUGUGGAUGUCUGGCAUGCGUGGGAUCCCGCCCCUGAUCGACCUCGUUGCUGUGACUGUGGCCGCCUCCACUCGCAACAACGGCCCCCGUCGCUUCUUCCAGCCAAUCUUAAUCGAUCGCUACGGCGAUCGCGGCGACUAUUAUGGUCAGCGGAUCAACGCUGCGGGGGUCGAGAGCGGCGGCGCCAUCAACGACCCGAACUGGAAUGGCAGAGCGGACCCGGCCUUCUCCUUGGACGGAACAAAGAUUACGUACUGGCAGGCUCUCGUGGUCUCCCCUUCAUGUGGUGGUGCGAAUCCCCUUCCUUGCCCCGAGUCUACGGCCCAAGGAGGCAGGGAGUAUCGCGUGAUGUUGGCUCAACGGAUUGGUCGCGAGGCUACCUCGCCGGCGCCAAUUUACAAGAUUCCGGACGUGAUCCCUUGGGCCACGCCAUUUCCUCCGGGCACAGCUAUCCCGGAGUCGCCGUUCACGGUCGAGCCAGGCAACUAUACACUCCGUGGGAAGGUUUCUGGCAUUGCUGGUGUAAGCAUUGCUCCGGACUCUACUAAUGUAAGCGGGCUGGGCAGCGUUGCAGUGAACUACACCAACUACUCGGAUGAUGGGGGGCACAUCCUGAAUGGCUUUGAGGACGUCACGGUGAAGAUUCUUCUCCCCAACUUCUGGACGAAUCAGGUUGACUGGGUUUCUGAUAUUGUUCAGACUGGGGUGGUCAAUGGGACUAAGAAGACUAGCGAGGGGGGUUUUCACUUGAUUAUUGACGCGGAGCUGAACUUAUUCAACGCGAGUGGGACUUUGGUCACCACCAUCGACGGUGUUGAGUAUAAGCAGCCUGCUAACGGUACUUGA